AUGUUGCACAAACAUACUAAGGAACAUCAUCAAGGUGCGGGGGCAUCUUUUCACCACAAUUCGCACAGUGCACCUGUGAGUUACAAACUGUUGUCUGAUGACUUGCAAAAAAUGGCAUUGGAGGAUACGGAUGCUAAAUUGAACGUCAGCGUGACGAAUAAGUAUACUAUACCUGCUAAAGGUCUACCAAAGGAUCUUACAUAUGAUCUAGUGCACAACGAGUUGACGUUGGACGGUAAUCCGCACUUGAACUUAGCAAGCUUUGUCAAUACCACCUCUACAGAGACAGCAAAGCGUUUGAUAACUGAGAAUAUCAACAAGAACCUGGCGGAUAACGAUGAAUACCCACAAUUGAUGGAAAUAACCCAGCGUUGUGUGUCGAUGCUUGCCCAGCUCUGGCAUUGUGAUGUGGACAAAGAGCCUCUUGGUUGUGCGACCACGGGAUCUAGUGAGGCCAUUAUGUUGGGAGGAUUGGCCAUGAAGAGACAAUGGGAACGCAAGAUGCGUGAGGCGGGGAAAUCGACGGCCAAGCCCAACAUCAUCAUGUCUUCUGCGGCUCAGGUUGCACUGGAGAAAUUUGCGCGGUACUUCGAUGUCGAGUGUCGUCUGGUGCCUGUGUCUCAGCAAUCAGAUUUCCACCUUGAUCCAAAGUCCCUGUGGGAGUUUGUGGAUGAGAACACCAUUGGGUGCUAUGUCAUCCUGGGCACCACAUACACCGGGCACUUGGAAAACAUUGAGCAGGUUGCCGGCGUUUUGGAGGAAAUUGAGCGUGAAAAUCCCAACUGGAGUAACACGGAUAUUCCGAUCCACGUGGAUGGUGCCUCUGGCGGGUUCGUAGUCCCCUUUGCGUUCACACAGGAGCAGAUGGAGCGUGCGGGGCUUUCGCGGUGGGGGUUCAACCACCCUCGCGUGGUGAGCAUCAACACUUCUGGCCACAAAUUCGGUCUCACGACACCAGGAUUGGGGUGGAUCCUGUGGAAGGACGACUCGUAUUUGCUACCGGAACUGCGCUUCCGGUUGAAGUACCUCGGCGGUGUCGAGGAGACGUUCAACUUGAACUUCUCGCGGCCCGGGUUCCAAGUGAUCCACCAGUACUACAACUUUUUGACGCUGGGCAUGAAGGGCUACAAAGAGGUGUUUGACCGGUCGCUUUUCGUUGCACGUGCGUUCAGCCUGGCGCUGUUGAAUGAAGCAGACCUGGCUGGCAAUUUCGAGGUCGUGAGCUGCAUCCACGAGCGGCUCGACGGCGAGCCUGCUUGCAACCGUGACGUGCUGGAAGACCCGCAAAACUUCCGGCCGGGCGUUCCGCUCGUGGCCUUCAGGCUGUCGAAGCAGUUCCACGAGAAGUACCCGGAGAUCCCACAGGCGAUCCUGUCUACGAUGCUACGGGGAAAGGGCUGGAUCAUCCCCAACUACCCGCUGCCCGCCUCUACGGACGGCAGCGACAAGACAGAGGUGCUACGGGUGGUAUUCCGGUCCGAGAUGAGCUUGGACCUCGCGCACCUAUUGCUGGACCACCUGGUGCACGUGAUCCACAGGUUGAUGCACGUGUACGAGGGAGCGGCUGCGACGAGCGGCCAGCAGGGCCGUGGGACGCUCUACGAGACGCUUCUCACGCUGGCGUCGUCUGGUGACGAAGAAGAGGCCGCGGCCACGGAGGCCCACAAGAAGAACUACCGCGGGACAUGCUGA